AUGCAAACUGCUGAAAUGGCGUAUUUGCAACGACAGCAAACUCAAAUUCGUGACACUACAGUAAGAGCCAAUGUACCAAAUAAUGACAUCGCAAAAUUAAUGUAUUAUCUCAACUGUGUUUGCUACUGUAUCGACUAUAAUGAUAACGACAUUCGUCGUUUUACAAACUAUUCUAACUGGGCAUCAUUAUCCGAUGAAGAGGAUCGUCUCGUCUAUUUCCUUGCUCUUACUCUUCGUCCAGAUUUAUUGAUCGGUAAAGUAUUUUUUCCCAGCGAUGCACUCAGCCGUGAUAUGCAGGGCAGAUUCUAUGAGAUUGAACAAGUGAAUCAUCAGUUGGUUGUAGUUCCGUCACUAGUUAUUGCAGGACGCAACUGUCGAGUUAAUAGGAUACUUGCUUUCAAGCAGAUCUGGUUGCGAGAAAAUUAUGUAGAUCCAGUAAAUCGUUUGGCGCAAAGAUAUCGAUCGCAACGACUACAAACACGAGCAUGCGUAAUUUCAUAA